AUGAAAAGGUUUUCACUCACCUUCAGUUGUGUCUACUUCUUCAGAUGUAGUUGGGGAAAGGUUACUGCCACUAUUUCUGCUGUUGCUGUAGUAGAAUUGCUCGCCAUCAUUGUUGGAGUCGAGGCAGUUGUCAUUGUUGUGAAACUCGGUGUCGUGGUUAGGGAUGUUGCUGUCGAAGUCUCGGUUAUUAUCGUUUUUAAGACAACUGUUGGAGCCGUUGCAGUAGUUGUUGUUGCGGGGGUAGUUGUCGUUGUUUCUGGAGUCGUAGUCGUUGUGAUUGAUGUCGGAGUAGUGGUUGUUGCUUCUGUUGAUGUUGUUGUGGUGGUAGUUGUCGUUGUUUCUGGAGUCGUAGUGGUUGUAAUUGAUGUUGUAGUAGUGGCUGUAGUAGUAGUAGUUGCUGUUGUUGUGGGGAUAGUUGUCGUUGAUGUUGUAGUCGUAGUAGGUGUGGUUGUAGUCGGGGUAGUGGACGUUGUUGUUGUUGCUGCUGCUGUUGUUGUUGUUGCGAUGGUGGUAGCAGCGGUCGCUGUCUUUGGACUCGUCGUGGUAAUAGGCGCUGCUGUCGUAUUCGAGAUGGGGGUUGGAGUUUCGGUUGCUGUAGUUUUCAUGCUUUCUUCAUUCUCCUGUAACUUUUUCUUUAUCGUCUUCGCACAAUUUUCCUUCACACUAUUAGAUGCCAGCAGUUCAUCCACGUAUGUCUGA